AUGUCAUUUGGCCAUAUCACCUGUCGACCUUAUAGCUCGUUUAGAGCAACAAAACCAACUCAAAAUUUGACAAUCAAUACCCCACCCUCGCCGACAGUGGCACGAUCGACAGUAAUCUCAUCGUCUGCACGUUCAUUCAAUACCUCGCGAAACUAUGGAAAAGAUGCUGGCAAUCACCAGCAGUUACCCGCUAUAAAGCCCUUAACUCCGAAAUUAUGUCGGCGAAUCGAAUCAUACUCAAACAGGAUUGCUUUGAAAAAUUUCAACCCAUUGGGCACAACAAUCACGAAUCGACAACAAAAUGCGAGAACUCAGGCAUCAACCAACUUUAGUGGUAUUGGCACUCAUGGGAACACUACAAGUACGACCGCAAUCACAACAAAUAAGCGCAAUAACAACCACGUUAUUAACGGCUACCAGCAUCACCAUACAUGUCAAAUGCAUUCAAAGUCGUCACUAAACAGCAAUAGUGAAGUUUCAGUUGAAUCGAUCAUGCCCAAAUAUGGCGUAAAUAGUUCCUCUUACUAUAACAGCAAUAGCGCCUUAGGCAAUCGCGGUCAGGCUAGUACUAGUUCGUUUAAUGGCUCGCAAAAGCGCACCUACAAUACAGUUAAAGUAUCAAAAGAAAACGUUCCUAAUACCUAUUAUCGUAGCAUAAAUAAUAGUCAGCGAGCAACUCAAAUGCACAACCUUUCCGGUCAGAAUUAUGCACAUCCAGCAUAUAACCGCAUGCCGGACAAUAGCAGCAUCCCGUCGACUACGGGAGGAUCUUCGAAGAAAAAAUACAAAGAUUACAUAGGCAGCUCAAAUUCAUCAACGAACUCAUCUCCAAUGGAACAUCCACCAUCACCGAAAAACAAACCUCCAGCGAUGACGCCAAGAUCUCAACGCAAAAAUAAUGGCUCAUUUUCAAGCAAGUUCCCUAAUGGCCUUCCUUUUGAGGAUGAGUUCUAUAAACAUCGACGAUCCUAUUCACAAUCCUCAAGUAAUUACAGUGUCUAUAGCGCAAACACUGCCAACCACUACCUGAACGAUAUGAGUCCGAAUCGCAUGAAUGGCCAGAUCAGCAUGGAGGACGAUCGGCUCGAGGAUGAUGAUGAUUACGAUGGUGGCAUCGAUGAUGAAUUCACACGUAAACCCUCUAAUGAACCUCUCUACGUGGACUUUUCGAAAAUGAUUCCGCGGAACAACAACGAGGAGUUCAACAAUAGAAUAUCGAAUACUCAAAGCUUUAACGGCAAAAAUAAUUAUAAUAUGAAUAAUCAAAAUUGUUCCACGUAUAUAAAGCGAUACGACGGCACAGCGAAUUUUAACAAUCAAAAUGAUUUUUUUUAUAAGUUUGAAAGUGUAAGUAGAAGUGGUUUUAAUACGAACAACGAAAUAAUCGUGACAACGACAAAAGGACAUCCGCAGCAGCAACCGCUCGUCUACAUAGCGGUUGCAUCGUGGGUUCCAAAGUGCAAUCAGCAGUUAAUGCCCGCCAGCGGAAGUGAAGCACUUACGGAACCCACAAAAACUAAUUACAAGUAUGUAUUAUUUUCAUCUGAAUAA